AUGCGAAACACUUGGUUGUCUGCCCGGAGUUCGAUUUUGGAAUACUGGACAUCGGCCAUUCUAUGUCUCUUUUGGAUUCAGUACUCUUGUGGGAUGCCUCAUGUCAUUCGAAUAGGGGGGAUUUUUGAGCAAACAGAGGGACCAGUGCCGCUCGUCAGCCCAGAGGAGCUUGCCUUUAAAUUUGCGGUGAACAACAUCAACAGAAACAGGACUUUAUUGCCCAACACGACGUUAACGUACGACAUACAGAGGAUUAAUAUCUACGACAGUUUUGAAGCGUCGAGAAAAGCCUGUGACCAACUGUCUUUAGGUGUAGUGGCAAUAUUUGGGCCCUCACAUAGCUCGUCCUCAAACGCCGUCCAGUCCAUCUGCAAUGCGUUGGAAGUGCCACACAUCCAGGUGCGAUGGAAACAUCACCCUAUGGACAACAGGGACACAUUUUACGCCAACCUGUACCCGGAUUACUCUUCUCUCAGCUACGGCAUCUUGGAUUUGGUGCAGUUCCUCAAGUGGAAAACAGCCACAGUCGUAUACGAUGACAGUACAGGUCUUAUUAGACUACAGGAACUGAUAAUGGCCCCCUCCAGGUAUAACAUCAGGCUAAAGAUUCGCCAGCUCCCUUUUGACGGUGAGGACCCCAGGCCUCUCCUCAAGGAGAUGAAGAGAGGACGGGAGUUUCGCAUUAUCUUCGACUGCAGCCACGAAAUGGCUGCACAGAUCCUUAAACAGGCCCAGACGAUGGGAAUGAUGACAGAGUACUACCACUACAUCUUCACCACUCUGGACCUCAUGGCUAUCGACCUGGAGCCCUACCGUUUCUGUGGCGUCAACAUGACCGGCUUCCGCAUCCUCAACGUGGACAACCCUCAGGUGGCGUCCAUCGUUGAGAAGUGGUCCCAAGAGAGGCAGAUACCUCCCAAGCCCGACUCGGGUCUCCUGGAGGGGAUCAUGACGACAGAUGCUGCUCUGACGUACGACGCGGUCCACAUCGUGUCCGUCUCCUACCAGCACGCACCACAGAUGACGGUCAACUCGCUGCAGUGCCACCGCCAUAAACCAUGGAGGUUCGGCGGACGCUUUAUGAACUUCAUCAAAGAGUCUCACUGGGAAGGCCUGACGGGGAGGCUGUCGUUCAACAGGACCAGUGGCCUCCGCACAGACUUUGACCUGGACAUCAUCAGCCUGAAAGAGGAGGGCCUGGAGAAGGUGGGGAAGUGGAGUGCGUCCGGAGGUCUCAAUAUCACCGAGGUGCCCAAGCGGAAAGGGAUGAACAUCACAGACUCACUGGCCAACCGUUCCCUGGUCAUCACCACCAUCCUGGAGGAGCCAUAUGUCAUGCUUAAAAAGUCUGACAAGGCGCUGGUUGGCAACGACCGUUUCGAGGGAUUCUGUAUCGACCUGCUCAAGGAGCUGGCCAGCAUCCUGGGCUUCACCUACGAGAUCCGCCUGGUGCCUGAUGGGAAGUACGGAUCGCAGGACGACAAGGGCCAGUGGAACGGCAUGAUCAAGGAGCUGAUGGAACACAGAGCCGACUUGGCUGUGGCCCCUCUUACCAUUACCUACCUGCGUGAGAAGGUCGUGGACUUCUCCAAGCCCUUCAUGAGCAUGGGCAUCAGCAUCCUGUAUCGCAAGCCCAACACCACCAACAACGGCUUCUUCUCCUUCCUCAACCCCAUGACCCCUGACAUCUGGGUCUAUAUCCUGCUGGCCUACCUAGGCGUCAGCUGUGUCCUCUUCGUCAUCGCUAGGUUCAGUCCAUACGAAUGGUACGACGCCCAUCCCUGCAAUCCCGGAUCCGAUGUGGUGGAGAACAACUUCACCCUCCUUAACAGCUUCUGGUUCGGUGUGGGCUCCCUCAUGCAGCAAGGCUCUGAGCUGAUGCCCAAAGCCCUGUCCACCAGGAUCAUCGGAGGCAUCUGGUGGUUCUUCACCCUCAUCGUCAUCUCCUCCUACACGGCCAACCUGGCCGCCUUCCUCACCGUGGAGCGCAUGGAGUCGCCCGUGGACUCUGCCGACGACAUCGCCAAGCAGACCAAGAUUGAGUAUGGUGUGGUCAAAGACAGUGCCACCAUGUCUUUCUUCAAGAAAUCAAAGGUGUCUACUUUUGAGAAGAUGUGGGCUUUUAUGAGUAGUAAACAGAGUACGUCGCUGGUCAAGUCCAUUGAGGACGGCAUCCAGAGGGUUCUGAAGUCUGACUAUGCCUUGCUCAUGGAGUCCACCACAAUUGAUUACAUUACCCAGCGGAACUGCAACCUCACCCAGGUUGGAGGCGUCAUUGACAGCAAAGGCUAUGGAAUAGGCACUCCCAUGGGCUCUCCAUACCGGGACAAAGUGACCAUCGCCAUCCUGAGCAUUCUGGAGGAUGGCCGUCUGCACAUGCUCAAGGAGAAGUGGUGGAGCGGCAGCAGCUGUCUGGACGAAGAGCGCCGUGAGAAAGCCGGCCCCAUGGGCAUUCAGAACCUGGGAGGGAUCUUUAUAGUGCUGGCGUCUGGCCUGGUUCUCUCCGUCUUUGUGGCUAUAGCUGAAUUCAUAUACAAGCUAAGGAAGACGGCGAAACGUGAGCAGAGGUCUUUCUGCAGUGCCAUGGUGGACGAGAUCAGACAGUCGUUCACCUGCGGGAGGCGUGUGAAACACAAGCACCGCCACCAGGUCCCGGUCAAGACGGAUGCAGUGAUCAACAUGCACACGUUCAACGACCGACGACUCCCGGGAAAGGACAACAUGAGCUGCACCACUGGGAUGACCCCCGUGUUCCCGUGA